AUCGACGCUUGGUACAUUACUGUUCCACUAUUUGGAAGUUUUUCUCUGGUUUUGGUAGUUUUCUUCAGUGUAUUAAUACUGAGAGACUUUGGAAAUUGAGUCAUUUGGGACACUGAAGGCUCGGUGUCUAGCAGCCUCAUUGCAGCGCUCUUGUAUUUGACUGUCUGAUUUUGAAUUAUGUCCACAAUAAUGGAACAACCAUUUUAUGACGACUCGUUUCUUUCUGCUUAUGGCCAUCCAGGCGCGGCACUGCCAGACUACAAGCUGCUAAAACAGAAUAUGAACUUGAACUUCUCCGAGUCAUAUCGGAACUCAAACUUCAAGACACAACACGGAGAUUUCUAUUCGGCAGGGGACGUGGGCUCUCUGAAACUAGCGUCUCCUGAACUCGAGCGACUCAUCAUCCAGAACAGCAACGGGGUCAUCACUACAACACCGACGCCCGCGCAGUAUCUCUACAACCGCGGCAUCACAGAGGAGCAGGAGGGCUUCGCAGACGGCUUUGUCAAAGCACUGGACGACCUGCACAAGAUGAACCAGAUGGCACCCCCAAAUGUGUCUCUGGGCUCCGGCGGUGUGUCCUGUCCCUCAAUGCAGCCUGAGCCACUGGAGUACACCACUCUUAACAGCUGCACUAACCUGACCUCUGCGCCCAGUUAUCCGUCCACGACAAUCAGCUACCUACCCCACCACCAGUACCCCCAAGCUGCAGCGCACAGCUCUCACCACUUCCAGCAGCCUCUCCACGCGCAGCGCUUCUGUGGCUUGAAAGAGGAGCCCCAGACCGUACCGGACAUGCACAGCAGCGACAACAGCACUCCUCCGAUGUCUCCCAUCGAUUUGGAGAACCAAGAGCGCAUCAAAGCCGAGCGCAAGCGUCUGAGGAACAGACUGGCAGCCUCCAAAUGCCGGAGACGAAAACUGGAACGUAUUGCUCGUCUGGAAGAAAAAGUUAAGGUCCUGAAAACGGACAACGCCGGACUGUCAAAUACUGCUUCUGUGCUGCGCGAGCAGGUAGCCCAACUCAAACAAAAAGUUAUGACACAUGUGAGUAGUGGCUGUCAGCUUAUGCUGGCGCCAAAGGUGAAGUCUUAUUAAUAAAUGAAAUGCACUUUUAAAAACACUGGACAAUAACUGCACUGCCGGCACACAGCAGGCACUUUCCUGUCUGGACUGGACUAUGCGGCUCUUGGACCUCUGCCAAAAAUCCAAGACUAAAACACUUAGGGCAUUUUUGAGCGUUUUUGAAAGUGUCGUGUCAUUGCCUGUUUACAUUUUUACUUUAUUUGUGAUUAUCCUUGAUGUAACUUAUUUGUGUAUUUUUUACUUGUACAGUAUAUAUUUAAGUAAAUUAAAAUAUGAAACCCCA